AUGGCUUCACCUGAAGUAACCACCACUAUGGCUCUCCCACCAUCGCCUGUUGACACCAAGCGUUGGUGGAAGUCGCCCAAUCUGCGCACCCUCAACUUUCUCAUGAUGAUCCCACUUCUGUCGAUCUUUUCCCAAGGUUUCGAUGGAAGCAUGAUGAACGGUCUACAGUCCGUCAGCCAUUGGCAGACUUACUUCGGCACUCCAACAGGCGCUAUGCUCGGCUUCUUCAACGCCGCGUAUCCCCUCGGCGGUAUUCUGGGCACGUUUCUCAUAUCCCCCGCGGCCGAUACCUUUGGACGAAGAUGGGGUCUAGCUACGGGCGCAGCACUCUGCUGCAUUGGUGCCGCUAUUCAGGGAGCUGCUAUGAAUAUCGCAAUGUUCAUCAUAUCACGAGUCAUCAUCGGUGCAGGCAGUGUCGUCGUUGCUGGAGUUGGCGCUCCGUAUAUCACUGAGAUUGCGCACCCAGCUCAGCGAAGUACGGCUACAGCUCUGUUCCUCACCUUUUACUCUGUCGGAUCCAUCAUCGCCGGCUGGUGCACUUUUGGCACUUUCCGCAUCGACAGCACUGCAUCUUGGCGUAUUCCUUCAGCGCUGCAGGGUCUUCCCUCUAUAAUCCAGCUUCUCUUUGUCUGGUUUGUCCCAGAGUCGCCCCGAUGGCUCGUCAGCAAGGGCCGCAGUGAUGAGGCGCUUCAGAUGCUUGCCAAGUACCACGGCGAGGGUGACUCCUCUGACCCGGUUGUUCAGUUCGAGUACAAUGAGAUUCUUGACACGCUGAGUGCAGAGGCAUCUGAGCAUAACAACAUCGUUGUCUUCCUCAAGGACUUGGGAAGCACUCCUGGUAACCGUAGACGCAUGUUCAUCAUGGUCUGGGCAGCUGUCUGCUCGCAAAUGUCCGGUAACGCCUUUGUCUCGUACUACCUCUCGCCCAUCCUGCACUCUGUCGGACUCAAUUCGGAUCUCCAGCAGACUCUCAUCAACGCUACCAACCAGAUGCUGUCUUGGUUCAGCGCCAUUUACUUCGCCACGCUGCCAGCCAAGGUCGGUCGUCGCAAGCUUUUUCUCUGGUCGCUGGCUGCCAUCUGGGUCAUCGACAUCUGCAUCACUGCAGGAAGUGCCGUAUUCGCUAAGGACAACACCAACAAAGCUGCCGCGUACACAGUCGUUGCGUUCCUCUACCUCUUCUCUCCCGCCUACAACCUCGGUUUCAACGGUAACCUUGGUCUUUACAUCCCCGAGAUUCUCCCUUAUCGCAUGCGAACCAAGGGACUGUCAUUCUUCUACUUCGUCCAGUUCUGCUUCAUGAUGCUUUCAACGUUUGUUGUUCCUAUUGGUCUUAAGGAUAUUACCUGGAAGUUCUACAUCAUCUUUGUCGGCUGGGUCAUGGUUGAGUUUGUUGGAGUGUAUCUCGUCUUCCCGGAGACAAAAGGUCCUUCCUUGGAGGAGAUUGCCUGGAUCUUUGAUGGGCCCAAUAGUGGAGUUGACAUGCAUGCUGCUCGAGCUGAAGGCAAGAACUCGACCAUUGUUGAGCAUACAGAUGGCAAGGAAUCUGUCUAG